UUGUGCAGCUGAAUACGCUUUGCAAGCGGCCCACGUGGAGCGGCUGUUUAUCACCUUUUGGAGGAAGGACCUGAUGAUAUGAUAGCAUAAAUUUAAUCCUUCAGGCAUAUAGUUGAUUUAUAGAGCUGUCCCCACGUGUGAAGCCACGUUACUACGUCUUACUCAGAACCACCCUGAUAGUCAAAAGUUAGGGAGCUAUGGCAACUCCAUCUACGGAUACACCUACAGCCAAGUCGCUGGAAGAUGUCCACCAAUCCAAGGCGUUCCCUUAUGGGAUUGAUUCGGAGGGCAAGGCGAAGUCUGUUCCCAUUUGGAGAGUCACGCAGCCCCAUAUGAUGGCCUUCCAUCUUUCAUGGAUUUCUUUCUUCAUGUCCUUCGUGGCAACAUUUGCACCAGCUGCGCUGGUACCCGUCAUCCGCGAUGACCUCUUCCUUACCAAGCCCCAGCUAGGAAACGCCGGUGUUGCAGCCGUAUGCGGUGCCAUCGGCGCCCGUAUCUUCAUGGGAACCUUCGUCGACACAGUGGGUCCCCGCUACGGCUCCGCGGCGACGUUGCUCAUCACUGCUCCUGCCGUAUUCUGCAUGUCGCUUGUUACCGACUUCUCCAGCUUCGCCGUGGCCCGCUUCUUUAUUGGCUGCUCGCUCUGCAUGUUCGUGUGCUGCCAGUUUUGGUGCGGAACCAUGUUCAACGUGCGGAUUGUGGGCACUGCCAACGCUAUCGCCGCGGGCUGGGGCAACAUGGGCGGAGGCGCUUGUCUGUUCAUUAUGCCACUCAUCUUCGACGGCAUCCGCAAGCACGCACCCGCCUUCCAGGCGUGGCGCUGGUCGUUCUUUGUGCCGGGUGGCAUUUACAUUCUUAGCGCUGUGGGCACUCUGCUAUUGGGUAUUGACCACCCUUCCGGCAAGGACUACCGCGACCUGAAGAAGGAUGGCACGCUUAAGAGCAAGGGUGCUGUGUGGCCCGUUCUGAAGUGCGGCCUCGGAAACUACAGGGCUUGGAUUCUCGCCCUCACGUACGGCUACUCGUUCGGCGUUGAGCUGACGGUUGACAACAUUAUCACGGAGUACUUUUAUGAUCAGUUCGGACUUAACCUCACCAUUGCUGGAGCCUUUGGCGCCAUCUUUGGCCUGAUGAACAUCUUCACGCGCGCCACCGGCGGCAUGAUUUCCGAUUACGUCGCGAAGUACUGGGGCAUGCGCGGCCGGCUGUGGGCCCUAUGGAUCAUCCAAACGCUGGGCGGCAUCUUCUGCAUCAUCCUUGGCAAAGUCAGCAGCAGCCUGACCGGCACGAUAGUAAUCCUCAUCAUUUUUAGCAUCUUCUGUCAGCAGGCCUGCGGCGCGCAUUUCGGCAUCACGCCCUUCGUCUCGCGCCGUGCGUACGGCGUGGUCUCAGGGCUUGUCGGCGCGGGCGGCAACGUGGGUGCCGCCAUCACACAGGCCAUCUGGUUCGCGGGCACGGCUUCUUGGCAGCAGAAGCUCGAGAAGAAGGACGGCUUCGUUUACAUGGGCAUCCAAGCGACCUGCCUGACGCUGGUGCUUUUCCUCAUCCAGUUUCCCAUGUGGGGCUCCAUGUUGACCGGGCCCCGUGAGGGCGCUCAGGAGGAGGACUACUACCUGAGGGAGUGGAGCGCGGAGGAGGUGGCGCAGGGACUGCAUCAGGGAUCCAUGCGGUUCGCCAUGGAAAGCAAGUCGCAGCGGGGCUACCGGGAUCGCUCUGUAGUUGCUGCAUCGAACGGCAACGUUCAAGAGCCUACAGCUAUCAAGACAACGCCGUCAUAGUGGUUGUGCUGUAUCGAUAUCUUUGCGCAGACUUGUGAGCGCGGCUGGGUAUGUUCGAGCCGAGCGGAAAAUAAUUGUUUACGUUGAAAAUACACAGUUUCAUGUUGCGAUUUAAAACGUGUUUAUCUUCGUCUUCUUGAAACAUUUCCUUCCCAAGCGAAGAAGCUACGGUGACCAUUUAGACCUUGUGCAAAAGCGUUUGUAUCUCAGUCUUUCUACUGGCGCGAUGUAUUUGGAUGUCGUUUGCCGUGUGUAUGAGUUGGUGCCUGCAUCCUGGGCUCGAGAGCAGCGUAGAGUGGUGUUUACAACUGCAGGUGUACGAGUAGGUUUAAGAGCGGAAAAGAGUCCCUUAGGUGGUUAUAGAUGUUGCAGAUUAUAGAGAUGCAUAGCGCAUGGAUGUGCAGGUACUGUAGGUAGGUUGAGGGACGAGGAGCGAAGAAGGCUACUCUGAGGGGCUAGGGCGAUAUCGCUGACUGGAGAGACAAGAGCGCGCAGGGAUAGGGGCGUUGCCCAUUCCUAUGUGAUCGCGGAUAUUUGACAAUUCAAAAGUUAGGUAACACGUGCUCAGCAUAUUGCGACGUAUACGAGUGCGAGUACGAGUAAGUUUAGAUAGCCAAAACUACUGCUCGUUUUGCUGCUUGUUUUAGUAUUGCGCCUCGGUAUGCGUUGCAUACUUCGGGACCUGUUUUGGCAGCAGCACAUCAACAUACGAUCUGUCUGCGAUGUGGCGAUGAUGUAAAAUGCCCCGUGACUGUGCGUGACUGCGGCCGUUGUUGGCCGAGUGCCUGGUGCCUUGUUGACGUCGUACUCUGAAACUAAAUCAUGCUAAGUCCGGCUCUUGUGUGUGUUAGCGGUGUUAGUGUAUGUGUCUCUCGAUUUUGAUUAAAAAAGUAGCAAUGCGAUGAAGAUGUGCAUGUGUGCUACCUAUCUGUUCACUCCGAUAUUAGCCCGCUAUGCGUCCAGCUAAGGUUUUACGCCAUCCAAAGAACUGCUGGUAUAUGACUGUAUAGACGUUGGCAUACGUGGCGCUUAACGAUGCUGUAAUCGGUCGGCUUGAGAGCAGCGAGCGUGACGGUCUCCAUCCGCGUGCGGAGGUGCAACAGUGGGGAUGUGCUGUAAUGGACGCGUUGUCGGUUUUCAUGCCUGCAACUCCUAAAUGAUUGUUUCUCUGAUCUGCAUUGAAAUAUCGAGGGAUAGGGUUUAAUCACCUGUAACUGAUAGAUACUGCAGAAGUUUUAAAUACUUUGGGCCUGACGGCUGAAACGUGAGAAACGAAGCGGUACGUAUGACAAUUGGGGCGGGGUGUUGUUCGCGGGGUGUUGCAGACACAAUGUUCUUUCAUUGCUGGUUUGGAUCCGGGGGAGGCGAGCUAGAGAGCGUGGGUGUGCACAGGUCGGCUGUAGGCACGCGCUUGGCCGGUCAUGCAAUCAUCCGAGAUACGUGUGUCAAGCGCAUUCUUCCUGAUGUUGACAACUGUUGCAACUGGGAAGCCAUGGCCAUCACUGGAAACAGAGCAUAAGUGCAAGUACCCAUGCGUGAUGUAUGGCCGCGAACGUUGGUAGGCCCAGUAGGCCCACCUCAUAAAACGCAUAAACACGCGCUACUUUACGUUAAGGGCUAUCGAGAAACUCCAUGAGGUUAUGCCUUGGAACCCUCAGAUUUUC